AUGGAGACCACCGAGGACGAUGGUUCUUCCAUAGUAACAUCCACUACCUCUACUGGACUUGGUCAUCAAAGGGUCAGUUUCCAGUUAGAGAAUAACAAUGAGGAACAGGUGCUCUCAGGUGAUAGGGACUCACCUCCAACUGUGGACUUGACCACGACAGAAACGGAGUCAGGAGAGGCCAGUCUGGCUCCUUCCAGUAGUGAACCUCUUCCAAAUUUGGAGGAAGAAAAGAUGGACAUUGAUGAAAAUGCUGAGUCAUCUGCUCCUUUGGAAAAUGAUAAAAAUGUAUCAGAGAAGAUAAAACUUCAAGCUGGGUCAGUGUUAAGGGAUGAUGAAACUGUGACAUUAGCACCUUUGGUUGUGAUACCUCCUGAUUCUGUCACCACUUUGGAACAGCCGUCGCCAGUCAGGAGGUCCCCAAGAUUUGCUCAUUCUGAAAUAUCUGAACAGACCUCGGAGUUCAAAACUCCGCCCCGACCGUUCCAUCUCUCUCCACGUCCCAUCUCCCUGCCAGCUCUUCCCACACCUCCAGAGUCAGUGAGAGGCUCACCAACCAGGUCUCCCAGCAGACUGCUUAGACAGCGAUCAGCGUCAAGAUCUCCCUCAAAAUCACCUCCAAGACAUGCCCCCGAGAUGGAAUCCACGAUUGCUGCAGAACAGGUCAAAGGUCGCAAGUCCCCAUCCAGAACCCGAAAGUCGCCAAGCAGGUCCAGAACUCCAGAAAGGAAAGCUCCUAGUCCAACCCGCACAAGAGGGAGUUCAGAAAGUCCUUCAGGUUCGCCUCUGUCUCAGGAAGCAAGGGCAGCAAGUCCUUCUAGAACAAUUCAGUCAAAGGGAAGGAAAUCCCCAAGUCGGGGCACUAAGUCCCCUAGUAGAUCUAAAUCUCCUGUCAAAGACAAAGAUCAAGCAGCAGAAAAUGUAGAGGAUGUUGGUGAAAAAAGUCCUACUAGAAGAACUAGGAAGUCACCGGCAAGAUCAAAAUCGCCAGAGAAACUAUCAAUAAGUCCAAGAAGAACGCGGGGCAGUACACCUAGUAGAUCGGAUUCCCCUGAAAAAGAUCAAAUAUCACGUCGAACUCGUGGCAGCACACCUACCAGAACUGAACUUCCAGAAGGAGAACAACAAAUAUCAAGGAGAACUCGUGGUAGUACACCGAGCAGGACAGAAUCCCCUGAGAGAGUGCCUCAAAGUCCAGGAAGAGGCAGAAACCAGAGACAGAGUAACAAAUCUACAGAAUCUAAGACUUCGCCAAGUAGGCCAAGGUCACCUGAGGUCAAACCCAAGAGCCCUGGGAGGGGCAGAAAAACUCCAGCAAAAAGUGUUGCUGGCAAGGAAAAGGACAGGACACCUAGUCCCUCUAAAUCCCCACAGGGGGCACCACUUGGCAGUAGACUGAGGACAAGAAAAGCCACUGAAAGUAACGUUCCAACAGAGGGCAGCACGGAGACACUCAGUGAUAAGGACAAAUCUCCGGACUCUCAUGCUCCUGUUACUAGGGCUAAAAGCCCAGCCAGGAUGAGAAAAACACCUGCAGAAAACUUGAAAAAAUCUGUGAUAAUUGAGGUCGACAAUUUGACAUCAGAAGGGUCGCCUGAAGUCGUGCUCAAGAGCCCAAGUCGGCAGCGUAAAUCUGGAGGGCGAGGAAAAAAGACUUCAAGUGCAAAAGAACCCAGUACAUCAGAAAAGUCUUCCGAGGAGACAGAGACAGAGAAAGAAACGGUCCCUCAGGCUAAAAGUCCCUCCAGGAAGGGGAGAAAGUCCCCCAGUAGGUCCCCAGCUGCCCCUCAGACCACAGAAGUACCUCAGGAGGAGGUGAAAAAUGCCGCAACUGUUCCCAAAAGUGUUCCCAGGAGGGCCACCAGGGCCACUAGAGCCAGCAGCGUGGACUCUGAAGUGACCGACACUGAUGUCCCUGCUCAACCCUCAGAGGUGGAAGAGACCCCAGUGACAUCACGAGCAAAAUCAGUGAAAAAGAUUGGCGCCAAAACCAAGUCUACAGGUAGAAGUCCUGCCAGGACACGUAAGGCGAAGAAGUCCGAGGAAAAAGAACAACUACAGUUCACAUUUUCUGAGCCUACAGUGAUCCCCCAUGAUUUAGAAAGUCUUCCUGAGAGCCUGGACAUGCCAGGGCUGCCAUUUGUCUUCUCCCCUCCAGUGACCAGGACUCGUUCCCACAAGAUGGAGCCACUGGAGGAAGAGGAAGUCAUUAAAGGCUCACCACUAGGGGCCACAAAGACAAAAGCCAAGAAGGAACCAAAGAAAGCUGCAGCAAAGAAAAGUACAAAAACAAGAAAAACUACAGUUAGCAGUCCAUCGGACAGUCCCGUUAGUUUGCUAUCUCCAUCCACAGAAGAGCACCAGGAGACAUUGGUGCCAGCAAGGACUCGUGUCAGAAGGAUGGCAUCUCAGAGCCAGUCCUUGCGACCAAAGACUUCCCCAGCAAAAAAACGAAAAACAGUGAAGAAAUGAAGAUCAGGAUCUUUAAAAAGACUGUCAUUGCGUCAUAAUGACAAUGGGUGGCACUGCUAGUCAGACCUAUGGCAUCUCAUAGCCAAUCCCUGCAACCAGAGACGUCACCGACAAAAAAGGAAAAAACAGCAAAAAAAUAAAGAUGGGAAUUAAAAAAAAAAAAAAGACUGUUAGGUGGCACUGCUGUUCAGUUCUAUUUAUUAAUUUUUAUUUGUUUAUUUAAGUGUUUAUUUAUGACUUGAGAAGGGACCUUUGUGGCUGAUGAACUAGGACGUAUUUUUUUCCAACUUUUUUGUAGACAAAAAAAGUUCUAUAAAAUACUGGAUUUUGUGGGAGAUAUUAAUCUGGGCUUUAUAGUUGUGCAUUGUAAAGGGAGUCUUUGAUAAUGCUUGCAUUUAUAUUCCUGUUGUCUUACAAAUAUAUUUUCUGCACAUUCGACCUUUCUGGCCAGGUAAACAGUUAGUCCUAUUACAUGAAAUCUUUAGUUAGUGAUGAAAUCAUCACCGUAGUUGUAGUCAGAUAGGACAUGUUUUGCUAGUCAGACACUUAGUCUACUUCUCAGUUGCCUUACACCAUUGCAGACUUGUUAUACCAUGUCAUCUGCAAUAAAACGACUAUCUCAUAAAAUUCAUUUACCUCAGGCUGCUUUUAGUAAAAACACCCACUCUCUAACAUUUUUUUCGCUCUUUUGUGUAUAUUUGCAUGUUAUUAUAAACAUAUGGUCAUGUUAACUGUCCAUUACAUUUUUAUUACCUUUUGCUUAUAUUUUCAAAUUGUUAUCGUUAUUAGAGCCAUCAUGUCAAUUUAAUUCAUUGUACUUUUGGUGUCAAUAUUUUUUUUCAAAAUCUUGAACUUUUAUGCCUGGAUUAUUAUGGUUAUUAGGUGCAGUAUUGUCUUUUUUUUGCGUGUUUUUUUGUAUGGUAGGUAAGGCUGUUAUGACAUGAUAAAAAUAAGAAAAAUAAGUAAAAGAGGCAGAUUUUUGUUGACAAGUUCUCCGUCUGGUAUUGAUAGCAUUUUCCAAUUGUCAUUUCUUGUCACCAAGAACUUGGAUGCUUAGAUGCUUGAAAAAUGCAAUAUUUGACUCUUAAAAAUGUCAAUUUAAUAUUCGGCAUGUUCUGAAGAAUUAGAAGGCCUACUUUUUUUUAGUGAGUAUUGCCCUUUUCCAAUCAUGUUGAUGUUUAUUGAUCGUGCCUUAAAAGUACGAAUAGGGCAGUGAAGGAGUUAAUCAUUUCAUAUGUAUUUAAAGAAAUGUGAAUUCAUUUGUAAAAAGUCAUAAUUCUAUACAUAAGUAAUUGAUAUUUAAAGGUUCACAA